UUUCUAUUUUCUGUUAUAAUUUUGAGAUUGAGUUUAGGGGGGGGAAAUGAUGCUAAACGAUAUAUUGCUAUUUUCAGAGGCACUUCUUUUAUUCUGAACGACGUCGUCGCCACCUUUACCCCCAAAUUAAACCCUAAUUAAUCCAAUUCAAUCUCCUUGGAGCUUGAGACAGUUACCUAGACAGGAGCUGGUCACCUCCAUGAGAAUUGAGUGAAAAUGGAAGCUGCUUCCACCUCCCAUUUGCUACUCUUUUCCACUAACCACUUCAGAAAACAAGCCAACCCCUUUACACCAACAUCCUCCUCCUCCUCCUCAUCAUCAUCAUCUUCAGAAAAGAAUGAAAAGAUCGAAAUUAGAGUGUGCACAAACAGGGCUUGCAGGAAGCAGGGCUCUUUUGAUGCCCUGCAAGUUCUCUCCGGCAUUGCGCCGCCGUUCGUGACGGUGAACUCAUGCGGCUGCCUCGGGCGGUGCGGCGCCGGCCCCAAUAUCGUGAUCCUGCCUGGGAGUGUGUUCGUGGGGCAUUGUGGGACCCCCAGCAAGGCCGCAAAUGUGAUGGCGGUUGUCUGCGGAGCUGACCGCGAUGGUGAGAGCAAGUGUUUGGAGGCGCUGGCGUUGAGGAAGAGAGCUGAAGAUGAGAUGGACCGGUCUGAUUUUGCGCAUGCUUGUCAUUUGCUGUCGCAGGCUAUAGAGCUCACACCAUUUGGGGGUUUGCAUAUAAUCUACAAGGAAAGGUCAGCAGCAAGGUUGGCAAUGGGAGAUGUAGACGGAGCGUUUGGGGAUGUUAAUGAGGCUUUGACUAUCGCACCUCGCUAUCCUCAGGCUUAUCUUUGCGAAGGCGAUGUUUAUAUGGCUAUGGAUCAAUUUGACAAAGCUGAGGAGUCUUACUCAAUUGCUUUAGAUUUGGACCCAUCCAUUCGUCGUUCCAAAUCGUUCAAGGCAAGAAUAGCAAAGCUUCAAGAGAAACUAGCUCCUGCAAAUUUGGGAUGAAGCUUAGAAUUCCAAAUUAUGGAGGUAAAUAAAGAAGUCACUUCAUUUAUUGUAUACAUGUAUUAGUAUCAUAUCAGAGCAGAAAUUGUUAGUACUAUAGAAUGGAUCAAACGAGAAUAGAUAAAUGUGGUGAAAAAUGACAAUGAAUUUGGAACAUCAGAUAUGCAAAUCCUGUGACUGAUAUUAUUCGAAUUAAUUGUUUUUAUUA